CUCUCUUUUUCAAGUGUAAAGGAUGAGGAGGAGUAACAGAGAGACUCUUCACAGCACAGAACAGACAUCCAUCUUCCUCCUGAAGGAGACUCAUCACGAUGGGAAACCAAAGCACAACAUCAGUGAUAUCGUCCAACAAUGCGAGCAACAUCAGCAUCAGCGGCAAUGAUACUCUCGGUGGAGGCCAGGCACCAUUUGGCAUCCCCUCUUUUUGGUCCUUUGUUUUCUCUACGGCCAGUGUCACAGAGGUGAUGAGUCACUGUCACUUACAAAGUGGCAGAAUGAGCUGGUUCGGAAUCAAGAUCUUCUUGCUGGUGAGCGCCCUGCCGGCUAACGCAGGUCUGAUGUGGAUGCUGAUGAGCAGGAAGGGAGCGAUGACAGCGUCUGAGGUUCUGGGCGUCAACGUCUCCGUCAUGGACAUCCUCUACUGCCUCGGCCUGCCUCUGGACAUUUACACAACCGUACACGAGAGCUCUGAGACGACCCACUCUGUCAAUGAAGCCCUCUUCGCUCUGAAUAUCUUUGGCUGCCCGCUGCUGUUGACCUUCAUGUGUUUGGAGCGUUACAUGGCGGCAGCUCGCCCCGUCGCCUACAUGAAACUCGGGAGGCGGGAAUACCGUGUCGUCUUGUGUGCUUGUGCCUGGCUCCUCACCGUGGCCGUGGCGCUGUUAGGAUAUUUUGUUGGCGUGCUCACCAUCGCUCUGUACCUGUCCAUCGUUAUCUCUGUGCUGUUCCUGGUCAUGCUGCUGUGUCUGCUGGGUAUCGUGCGAGUGUUGUGUCAGAGCGGGCCGGGCGAGGGUUCAGGCGCCAACGUGCCGCUGAAGAGACGAGCUCUGAAGAACAUUGUGGCUGUGAUGGUGCCGUCAGUGGUGGCGUAUUCUCCUCUGAUAGCUCUGGUUCCGUUCAUGGCGAUGAAUGUGUCCAAACAUUCGGAGAACAUCAGCCCUGAGCAGUGCAACAUCCUGCAGUUCCUGCUGGCAUUCCCAAACUUCGGCCUGUACAUCGGCCCGAUGUUCUACCUGUCCCGCUUCAGACAGGUGAGCUGCUGGAGGAAAGAGAGGCAAACACCAAACUCCAAAACACAGGCAGAGUAGAAAUAAUUCAGAUCAUAACCUCCGAAAUAUAAUAUUAUAUAAUGCUUUGCUUAUUUAAUUCAAUCAUAUUAUGUAAACCAGUAGUCAUUUUAAAGGAAUUGAUCAACAUUUUUUGAAAUACACUUGAGAGUGACAUGAGAAGAUCAAUGUCAUGUGUGUGAUCAGUACAAAGUUGGAGUUAGCUUAGCAUAAAAACUGGAGACAGCAACUCACUGUUUAAUCUGUACAUAGUCAGUGGUUAGCCUAGCUUAGCAUGCCACUCUGGAGGCAGGUGGAAACAGGUAGCCUGGCGUAGUCUAAAGUGAAAAAACGCCUGCCACCAUC